CAAUUAAUACACCCUGCCUCUCCUAAUUCUUUUCCCUAUCCUCUAAUCAGCAAGAGGCACCACAUACACGAACACAACCACCCUCUCUAAAGUCCACAGAAUUCGAGAAAUAAACAAGUUUUAAGAUGGGAAGCAAUAGCAGAGAGGAAGAAGACAAUCACCAUGUAAUAGAUAUCUGGAAGGUAGACAGCGAGAGGUUGGCUUCCAUGCAGCUCAAGAUUUCCGAGAACCCAAAAUUGCUAAGCAAAGUUGCUGGCAAGAGAUCUUGUUGCAUCUUCAGGGUGCCACAGAGCCUAAUUGAGGUCAAUGGAAAAGCCUACCAACCUCGUAUUGUAUCCAUAGGGCCUUACCACCGUGGUCAACCUCGUCUCAACAUGAUUGAGGAGCAUAAGUGGCGUUAUCUUGGUUCCCUUCUCUCUAGAACAACACAGACCAAAGGGUUGGGCUUGGAGGACUUGUUGAAAGCCAUUGCCAUGUUAGAAUCGGAAGCCAGAGAGUGUUACUCCGAAACCAUCCAGCUUGACUCUCACGAAUUCAUUGAGAUGAUGGUCCUUGAUGGGUGUUUCAUCGUUGAGUUGUUUCGAAAAGUUUCCAAAUUGGUACCCUUCGAAGUCGAUGAUCCACUUGUCACCAUGUCCUGGAUAUUACCAUUCUUUUACAGAGAUUUUCUCAAGCUUGAAAAUCAGAUCCCUUUCUUCAUUCUCCAGCGCUUAUUUGAACUGUCAAAACUUCCAUCAGAAAAGUCAACGCCGACUUUGUCAACUCUUGCCUUGGAAUUCUUCAACAACUCGAUGCUAAGGCCAGACGAAGUCAUAGCCAAGCAGAGUGACAUGAAAGGGAAGCAUUUGCUUGACUUGGUUCGUUCAAGCUUUAUUCCAAGCGAUCAAGAAACAGAGCCCAAAAGGGUCAUCACACCAACACACGUGAUCCACUGUGUCUCUAAGCUUCGCCGCGCUGGGAUUAAGAUCACUCCGGCCAAGGACAGCGAGAGCUUCUUGCACUUGACGUUCAGGCACGGCGUGAUAGAAAUGCCAACCAUCACAGUGGACGAUUUUAUGAGCUCUUUCUUGCUCAACUGCGUUGCAUUUGAGCAAUGCUACAGCGGUUGUUCUAUGCAGUUCACAACCUACGUGACCCUAUUGGACUGUCUCAUAAACACAUAUAGGGAUGUUGAGUACCUAUGUGACCGAAACAUAAUUGAGAACCACUUUGGGAAAGAGGGGGAAGUUGCCCAAUUCAUCAACAACGCAGGAAAAGAUGUCGCAGUUGAUUUGGAUACGAGUUAUUUGUCUGAGUUGUUCAACCAGGUUCACCAAUAUUACCACAGUAGUUGGCAUGUGCAGUGGGCUAGCUUCAAGUACACAUACUUUGAUACGCCAUGGUCCUUUAUCUCUGCUCUGGCUGCAUUCAUAUUGUUGGUUCUAACUGUAGGACAGACCUAUUUUGCCGCUUACCAGUAUUUUGAUUCCCUGAAAUCUUGAUCAAGAGUCAUAGGCUUGAGUAGCACUGGUGCAAAAAUAGUUUUGUAUCAUGCAACCAGAAUUGUUUGUGCAGAGAUUAAAUUCCGUUGUCAGGAUGAGUGCGCUUUUUUUUCAGUAAUUCAAAUUCAGUUUUUGACAUCUUUUUUCUAUUGAUCAGUCAUGGCACGAGUCUUACCACUGAGAAGUGAGAACUGAUAUGGAUUGGGAGUUCUUGAUUUGAUAUUGUCUAUACAAAUUUUUAUUGAUUGACAAAUAUGAUUCCGGUUAUCAAUAU